AUGUAUGUUGUGGCGAUUGUGUACGGUGUGGGUUACGACUCAUCGACAGAUGAUUACAAGGUUUUGAUGCUCUCAUCCUCGUAUGAAAAUCAGUGUGGCACUACGACCGUGGCUGUGUAUUCACUAAAAACAAAUGCUUGGAGGAGAAGUGAAGAUUUCCAGUAUCGAUCUAUUGUGAGAAACUCUAGUGGGGUUUUCUUGAAUGGAUGCCUCCAUUUCCUUAGUUGGAAUGGGAAUCGUUCCGAAAGGAAUAUAAUAGCUGUCGAUUUAUCGGGUGAGAUUUUCAAGGAAAUGCCGCUGCCUACUUCGUUAGUUAGAUGCGAGAGUAGGCAUUAUGACUAUUAUGAUCUGUUGGUUCUUGGAGGUUCUCUUUGUUUGGUUAGUGCGAAGGGAAAUAAGGUUUGCAUGAUGAAGGAGUACGGGGUAAGAGAGUCUUGGACUGAAUUCACGAUGUGUUCUGAAUUGUUCGUAUUGAAUGGGGUGAGUAUGUUGGCGGAAGACGAAUUUUUGUUGUUUCACGUCUAUGGAGAGAAGCACUUGGUUGUGUACAAUCCACAAAAAUUCAAAAAGCGGGACAUUGCGAUUUGCGGCAUUCCGAGUGCUAAAGUUAGCUAUGGAAGCAUCUAUGUCGAGAGCCUCGUCUCUCCUUUUCAUGUAGGAGGAAUUGGGAGAAAAUUAUGA